GCUUAUCUACUUUCAAACAGCUCUGCUGGGUGGAUCCUUUGUAGCAGCUGCAGCGCUCGCGUCGCCUUCCCUUCCUCGACAUUUCCAGACAUCCAGGGUCCACCACACAACAACGCCCAAGGACUUUCAACGAUACCGAGAUUGGAAAUCCACCUUAUCAGCAGACCACAUCAAACCUAGAAUUUUGGGCUGCAGCGGAGAUAGAUCUAGUUUCUCGAUUCACAGCUGACACCACGAGAGAACUCAGAAUCAACAAGACAAGUAACCAACGAACACCAACGAGAUCUAGUUUUUCGUAGGACAGUACAUGCAAGAUGAACCGAGUAUUUGGCAAGAAGAAAGCAGCUGGUCCGGCACCCACUCUGACGGAUGCCUCUGCUGGAUUGGGAGGGCGAAUUGACUCUAUGGAUACCAAGAUUCAAGGCUUGGAGGAUGAGCUACGUCAAUACAAGGAAAAGAUCAAAAAGGCUCGAACCCCGGCCGCCAAAAAGACUCUGCAAAAGCGAGCCAUGGAAGUGUUGAAGCGAAAGAAGAUGUAUGAGCAACAGCGUGACAUGGCAUCCGGGCAGCAAUUUAACAUUGAUCAAGCUCAAUUUGGAAUGGAGUCUGCCAAAGCUACUGUGCAAACGGUGGCGGCCAUGAAAAGUGCCAACAACGAAAUGAAAAAGGUCAUGAAGAAAGACCUCAAUAUUGACGCUGUGGAAGAUUUGGCAGAUGAAAUGGCAGAGCUUCUGGAAGAUUUCGGCGAGAUCAACGAAGCUUUGGGAAAUAAUUACGCAACACCCGAUUUGGACGAAGCAGAUCUCGAUGCCGAACUGGAAAUGUUGGGUGAUGAGUUGGAAAUGGAGGAAUUGGAGGCGGAUGCUACACCCAGCUAUUUGCAAGCGCCACUACCAUCACAACCCACGGAUGUGCCGGGUGACAAAUUGCCAGGAGAGGAACUGGAGGAUGAAUUUGGUUUGCCUGCAGCCCCUCACUGAGCCCACAACGAUCGCAUGAGGGGAGAGCUCGAUGUAUCAAAUAGUACACAGUGGCUUUCAUUUCUGAAGCUUAGGUAUGAUUGGAAUAACAAAGCUGAUUGUACCACCCAACAAUAUUCAAUUUAUGCAAUCCACUAGAACUGCCGUUUCAUCAUACAAUGGCAACCAUAAUUCCUUUGUAUAGUCUUUCACGGGAAUGUCUUGUGCCGU